UCUCAUUCCCACAUUCCAAAGUCUGUAAAUAAAGUCAUUUAAAGGUCAUUCAUAAAAGCUAUGGCAUUAUCUAAAAUGGAUAUUCCCAUCAAUGCCCAGCACUUUUUAGAAUGCGGCAUUAAAGAAUGUGAAAGAAACUGUGAGUUCUACUGCAACCCUUGUCAUCAAAGACUGUGCAAACAAUGCAGCGAGGAACAUCUGAAAAGUCCAGAAAACAAAAACCAUGAGGUGGUCCUUUACCAGCAACGUAAACGACAACUUCCUGUGAAGAAAUGCAAGAACCAUCCCACUAAAGAUGUGGACAUGCUCUGUAGAGAAUGCCAAGUUUCAGUAUGUUCCAAAUGUGCCACACAGCAAAAACAUUGGGGGCAUAUAUUCACUGAUCUAGAGACAAUUUAUGCCGAAAAAUAUGCAGACUUUCAAGAAGAAAUCUUCAAAAUCCAAGAGUAUUUUCUACCCACAUCACAAGAUUUACAGAGAGAAAUUAAAAAUGAUUCCUCAGAAAUCAAAAAUAUCAUAGACAUCGUUAGAACAUCCAUGAAGUCUGAAGGUGAGUCCCUGAAAAGUCUGGUGGACACAGUCAUAUCUGAGAACUUGAAGCAAUUAGACCAGAUAGAGCAUUCACUGUUAGAAGAUCUAAACACCCAAGACAAGACCAUGGAUGAUUACAUCACUUAUCUUAAUAACCUUGUCAAAGAGCUCCACAGAUGCCUGUCCUCCACAGAAACCCAGAAAUUAAUGUCUGAGAAGAAACCAAAGAUCCGAUCCAUACCAGAGACAACAAAACCGGUCACACCAGGAUUUACUGCUGGUCAAUACAGCAAAAGUGAUGUUACCAAAUUACUUGGUAAAAUACAUACCCCCAACACUAAUGCUAAGAAGAGAGAAAUAAGGCCCAUUGAAAGUGUCUGCAAUACAGCAAUGAAACCUACACAUAAACAGAUGAGAGAAGACAGAAAGAAAUCUGACAAGAAACAAACAAUGUCACUAUCUGCCUCUGUCACCAAGGUCAGGGAGUUCAAUGUACCAGGUGUUAGGGAUGUAUUCCAUGUAUCACCAGAUCAACCAGACAGACUCUGGAUCAGUAACAGUAAUGGCAAUCUUGUCCAAACAGAUCUACAGGGGAAUGUGAUACAGAAGAUAAGAACCAUUGGUAGAUGUGAAGGUUACCACACAGUCACACAGGACAAGGAACUGAUCUUUACAGACAAACUGAAAGGCAAGAACGUCAUCAAUAGGAUAACACAGGAUAACAAUAUCACUGCAUUCAUUAAAACUGGAGGCUGGAGACCACUCAGCAUACACUCCUCCCACAUCAAUGGGGAUUUACUGGUGGGGAUGGUGACAGAAAGAGAGGCUAAAGUCACCAGGUACAAAAAGACAGGAGAAGAACUACAGAACAUACAGUGGGAUAAUAAAGGACAGGGACUGUAUAAUUAUCCACGCUACAUCACAGAAAACAUCAAUGGGGAUAUCUGUACAUCAGACAGUCGUACAGGAGUAGUGGUGGUGAAUAAAUCAGGACAACACAGGUUCUCCUACACAGGUCAGGAUUCAAGGUUCAGUCCCUAUGGAAUCUGUACUGAUGUCCUCGGUCACAUCCUGGUGUGUGAUGGAUUCAUUAUAAGUAACAGUGUUCAUCUCCUUGAUCAGGCAGUCACACCAGAAUUUACUGCUGGUCAAUACAACAAAAGUGAUGUCACCAAAUUACUUGGUAAAAUACAUACCCCAAACACUAAAGCUGAGAAGAAAGAAAUUAGGCCCAUUGAAAGUGUCUACAAUACAGCAAUGAAACCUACACAUAAACAGAUGAAAGAAGACAGAGAGAAAUCUGACAAGAAACAUACACUGUCUCUAUCUGCCUCUGUCACCAAGGUCAGGGAGUUCAAUGUACCAGGUGUUGAUAAUGUAUACCAUGUAUCACAAGAUCAAUCAGACAGACUCUGGAUCAGUGACAGUAAUGGUAAUCUUGUCCAAACAGAUCUACAGGGGAAUGUGAUACAGAAGAUAAAGACCACUGGUACAGAUCAAGGUUACCACACAGUCACACAGGACAGAGAUCUGAUCUUUACAGACCAAAACAAGAAAGUCAUAAAUAGGAUAACACAGGAUAAUAAUAUCACUGAAUUCAUUAAAACUGGAGACUGGUCACCACUCAGCAUACACUCCUCCCACAUCAAUGGGGACUUACUGGUGGGGAUGUGGAAGGGUGAAGGUAAAGUCACCAGGUACAACAAGAUGGGCAAAGAACUACAGAACAUUCAGAAGGAUAACAAAGGACAGGGACUGUAUAAUAGGCCACACUACAUUACAGAAAACAUCAAUGGAGAUAUCUGUACAUCAGACUUUUAUAAAGGAGUAGUGGUGGUGAAUAAAUCAGGACAACACAGGUUCUCCUACAAAGGUCAGAAGUCAUUGUUCGGUCCCUAUGGAAUCUGUACUGAUGUCCUCGGUCACAUCCUGGUGUGUGUUGUUGACAGUCACACUGUUUACCUCCUUGAUCAGGACGGUCAGUUCUUGUCUCUAUACUCACACCACAACAAGGGGUAAUCCUUCCCCGUAGUUUGUGUGUGGAUGAUGAGAACAAUCUCUGUGUGGGACUAG